AUGGCUUUGGGAUGUCUGUUUGAAAUAGAUGAUGAAGGAUCUCGGGAAGCAUACAUAGUGGAAGGCACCCAAUACUUCGAAACAUGCCGUAGCCUGGCUGAUCUGCAAGGCUGUAACGACUUGGUCACUCUCCAGGCCAUCCUCUACAUGAAUAUCUUUCUACUAUACACCGCCCGUAUAAGCUCAAGCUUCUCAGCUCUCUCCUACACUUUCUCAUUGGCACUACGUAUGAAAUAUCAUCAAAUUGCUGAGACGGAUGAUGCAUUUACUCGUGAAGACAAAAAGCACGUUUUCUGGACGACACGUCACCUUCUAGCAUGUGUCUCCAUUACCGGCCAUGUGACUAAGCGACUGUAUCCAUUGAAAGGCGUCAAGAAAACCCACAACCCGGGGCCAUUGCGCCAUUUAGUGCGUAAAGACACGGUCAGGGGACUAGAGAGUGAGCUUCGGUCCUGGCUUGCUUCGCUCCCUCCGUACCUUCGCCUCGGUCAAGAGAAGCAUCCGCUGCAAAUCGAACGUGCACAAUACGAGCUAUGCAUGUCGUACGCACAUGCUCAGAUUUAUCUGUACCGGCCUUUCCUGCAUUACCUAGUUACUUCGUCCACUGGCGAAAUCAGAUCAGCAGAUGGCUUCCCCUCGUAUGCUUCCGCCUGUGUAGACGCUAGUCGCAACAUCAUUCGGCUUGCGCAGGACAUGUAUCACAGGGGACUUUUUCACGGCGUACAUUGGGAUAUCUCGAACAUGAUUUUGGCCGCAUCCCUAACCAUGCUCUAUAUAAUCUUAGCAAGGAAAGGUUCAUCAGUUGAGGACAUGGCUCUAGCAGAGCUGCGCACUGCUCGGGAUCUUAUGACCCUCUUGGAGCCAUAUACAACUCUCGCAAAAAGAAUCAGCAUUGCGGUCAAGCAUGCUGUAUCUAGUCCCUCAGCACAAGCUUCUGACUCACACACCACCGCUCUGGCUGAGAGGACGUUUGGGUUUGUAUCCAGGACCAAUGUGUCGGAUAAUCAGGGCAUGUUGCCGGGCGGGAGAGAAAGUGACUCAAUGCCAGUUCUGGCAACGACGGGGAUAUCGGCAGAAAGCCUCUCUCAGAGACCAUUUCCAAUUGCUAGUACAGAAGGGAGCACCAGUCAAGGCCCUCCGAUGCUCAACGCAGCUCAAAGCUCCGGUGCCUCUACUUCCUUUCCGAUGCAGUCUGACCAGGCCAUGUAUCAUACGCCAUUCACUAGUCGUGACAUUACGGAACACAAUUCCCUACCCUCCACACUCGCCCAAGAUUACGGAAUUGGCGGAGACGACUAUGGAUAUAUGAUUGACGGCACCGGGCCGAUCGACUUUAGUGAUAUGAUCGGUGAUCUGUUCGCUUCAGAGGGGCUGCUGUAA